AUGAGGAUCCCCCGCAACUUGCCCCACCAUUUGCUGGCGCGAAUAACCUUCAGUCCGCCGCCGCUGCUGUCAGUCGAGGCCCAGUGGAUCUACGAUAACUUCAAACAGCUCGCGCCGCUCGAGCUUUUCCGCUUUAAGCCCACCCUGUUAGUGCCCCAUGGCGAGGCGCUAGAGGUGGUCUACGCCCCAUCCUAUAAGUCUCGAGUCAUCGGCAAUCUACUUGAACACGAGCCCACCGUGGUGGAAAAUGAAAAUAGUGACGAUGCCGCCAACCAGCUAAAGAUUUUGGACCAGAUAAAGCUGCUUGUGGCCAUCCCUCGCUACCCUUACAUCGAGGACGAUGACCGCUAUUUUGAUGGUACGGUGGAGGUGCCAUUCGCUCACAAUCUAGCGAAGCAUGGGUCUCAUUUGGCAGGCACUUAUGAGCUUACCCACCUGAACAUCAAGUCUCCUUUUAUUGAGUUUACCACUAAGGACAACCGCGACCAUAUUCGCAAAGCGAUGCGCCACAACUUCACCAAAUUCCAUAAGUUUGCCGAUAUCAAAGUGCUCAAAGGAGUAAGCUUUCCCGACGACCCUAAGGCGUUUGGGUUUGUCGAUGAAGAGAUCGAGCCAGUGGAGUUUAAGGCUACUCCAUGGGUACCACAAAACCUCAAGGACCCUUACGACUGA